AUGUCGCCGUCUACCCUUGAUGGCGAUUUCAAGCCAGUCGAUGCUGGGUCUGUAGAGACAGCCAAGGUCUCCGGCGAUUGGACAGUCGAGAAAGCCCUCGCAACGAUACAUCCCGAACCACCAGUCAGCAACUCGACAUCGCCGCUGCCAUUCUUCCACAUGCUGGAGCGACUAAAGACGAGCAAGCGUGAGGGUUGGAGGCGGUUUGGCAUUGAAAAGGGAGAGUCUAUUGCCGACCACAUGUACCGCAUGUCUCUCAUGACUAUGCUGUGUCCUCCGUCUCUCGCCUCACGAAUCGACCUGCCAAAGUGCAUGAAAAUGUGUCUGAUACACGACAUGGCCGAGUCCCUGGUCGGUGACAUUACUCCCGUGGACGGAGUAGCCAAGCCCGAGAAGAGCCGCCGAGAGGCCGAAACAAUGGACUAUAUUUCCAACGGCUUGCUGGGAGGUGUGUACAGCGGAUUGGCUGGCGCAGAAAUCCGUGCCAUUUGGCAAGAAUACGAGGACUCCAAGACUCUGGAAAGCCUCUUUGUGCACGACAUUGACAAGAUGGAGCUAUUGUGCCAAAUGGUCGAGUACGAAAAGAGAAUGAACCACACCUUGGAUCUGGGAGAGUUUGCCUAUGUCGCGACAAAAGUGGUGCUGCCAGAGACGCAAGAAUGGGCCAAGGAUAUACUCAAGGAGCGAGAAAACUUUUGGGCAGGAAAGGGCCACGUCCAAGGAGACCACAGAGCCAACGGAGGCGUUUCCGAACAAAAGGUUGAGCAGCAAGAUGCCUACUACUCCAAGGAUGACGCCAGCACUGCAUGA